GCCAGUUUAAUAACUUUGCAAUGAAAUGUACGUCUGUUAAGUUCAUUGAAGAAGGUUGAGGGAGUGGCGCAUUAAUCUUUUUGGUACUUUUACUUGAAUAUGAAGCCCCACCUCGUAACCUUACACCAACGAGUCACUAAGUUGGAGCUCACCCAUUUCAAGCUUAAUAAAAAACAUACUGACUCUGUAAAAAGUAAUGGUAAAAAUAGCAAAAUUUUGAUCCAAUGCAACACUAAGAUUGCAGAACACGGACGAAAUGGCAACGUUAAAGAAGCAGAAAUGGUAUUCCACAAGAUUCCCAUAAAGAGCACAGCCUCUUGGACUGCCAUGCUCACUGCCUAUGCCCAAAAUGGUCAAAUAAAAAAUGCUCGCAAAAUGUUUGAUGAAAUGCCUAAACGAAACACUGUCUCGUAUAAUGCUAUGAUCUCUGCUUAUAUUGGCAAUGGUUGCAAUGUGAGAAAAGCUUAUGAGUUGUUUUCAGAGUUGGGUGAACGCAACUUGGUUUCUUAUGCUGCUAUGAUAAUGGGUUUUGUUAAGGCAGGGAAGUUCCAAAUGGCUGAGAAACUGUACCGUGAGGCCCCACAUGAGUUUCGGGACCCUGCUUGCUCAAAUGCGUUGAUAAAUGGGUAUUUGAAGAUGGGUAAGGUGAAUGAGGCGUUGGGGGUUUUUGAAAACAUGGCUGAAAGGGAUGUGGUGUCUUGGAGUGCCAUGAUUGAUGGUUUGUGUAGGGACGGGAGGGUUGCUGGUGCUAGGAACCUGUUUGAUAGGAUGCCUGAUAGAAAUGUGGUUUCUUGGAGUGCAAUGAUAGAUGGGUAUAUGGGAAAGGGGUUCUUUCAAGAGGGGUUUCGUUUGUUUAUGGAUAUAAGGAGGGAAGGUCUGGUAGGAGUUAAUUCCACUACAAUGACUAUAAUGUUUAAAGCGUGUGGAAAUUGUGGUAGGAUGCCUGAGGGCAUGCAGAUACAUGGGUUGGUUUCGCAUAUGGGAUUUGAGUUUGACAAUGUUUUGAGUAAUUCUGUUAUUACAAUGUACUGCAUGUUUGGUUGCACAGACAUGGCAAACAAAGUAUUUUGUACUGUCAGCUACAAAGACAUAGUUACAUGGAAUUCUUUGAUUUCUGGAUAUGUUCAUAACAAUGAAAUAGAAGCUGCUUCUAUGUUUUUUGAUAGGAUGCCCAAGAAAGACUUGAUUUCUUGGACGGCCAUGAUCACGGGGUUCACUAAGAGUGGAAGAGUUGGAAAGGCCAUAGAGCUUUUUGAUAUGUUGCCAGAGAAGGAUGAUUUUGUUUGGACGGCUAUUAUAUCUGGGUUUGUGAAUAAUAACGAGUAUGAGGAAGCCUUGCAUUGGUAUGCUCGGUUGAUGCGGGAAGGAUGCAGACCUAAUCCUCUGACUAUUAGCAGCGUUCUAGCAGCUUCAGCUGCUUUGGCAGCACUGAAUGAAGGGCUUCAGAUUCAUACUUGUGCUCUGAAAAUGAGCCUAGAAUAUGAUCUUUCUAUACAAAACUCUCUUAUAUCAUUCUACUCUAAGUGUGGUAAUGUAAUUGACGCCUACAGGAUUUUCUUAGAUGUCAUUAGCCCAAAUGUCAUAUCUUAUAACUCAAUCAUUAAUGGGUUUGCACAAAAUGGCUUUGGUGAAGAGGCUCUCAGUAUCUAUAAAAAAAUGCAGAGUGAAGGCCAUGAACCCAACCAUGUUACUUUCCUUGCUGUUCUUUCAGCCUGUACUCAUGCAGGAAUAGUUGAAGAGGGAUGGAACUUAUUUAACACCAUGAAAUCUCAACACGGAAUUGAGCCAGAAGCUGAUCAUUAUGCUUGCAUUGUUGAUCUCCUUGGCCGUGCUGGUUUGCUAGAUGAGGCUAUUGAUUUAAUCCAUUCAAUGCCAUUUAAGCCCCAUUCUGGGGUUUGGGGGGCUAUUCUUGGUGCAAGCAAAAUCCAUCUACGUCUCGACCUUGCUAAGCUUGCAGCUCAACACAUUGCUGAGCUGGAGCCUAAAAAUGCAACUCCUUAUGUGGUAUUAUCCAACUUGUAUUCUGCAGCUGGGAAAAUGAUCGAGGGUGACUUAGUAAGAAAAGCUAAAAAUUUAAAAGGAAUAAAAAAAAGUCCGGGUUGUAGUUGGAUUAUAAUGAAAGAUAAUGUUCAUCUGUUUCUUGCCGGAGAUCAAUUACAUGGGAAUAUUGAAGAGAUAAAAGCCACAAUACUAACUAUGGAUAAGGAGAUGCAGUGGUUGUAUCAUUGUGGGUGCUGACUGACAGUCUCAUUUUCUCUCUCACAGCAUAACUUCUCUGUUGCUACAGUAUCAUCAUUGCCUAUGCUAGCAGGCUUCUUUUCAACGAGAGAUUCUUGGAUAAACUUGGUGUAAGAGUAUUCUCCUACCCCACACACUACAUAAUGUGCCAUGUCUGCUUCGUGGAUCAUCAUUAUCUCGGACUUCAACUACUGUAUUUAUUAGCACUAACCAUGUAAGUGUUACGAUAAGUAACUUGGUGAUUUCAAAAUUAAAGUUUUAGUCUCUUCUAGCUGAUAUGAUUACAUAUUGAUAUGGCACUAGUCAAAAAUCAGAUGUAUCAAAUAAUCUCUUAUAUUCUA